UUCUUUAUUAAUUCCACGUUAUUUCUAGCCGUAUAGAUUAUACCUAUGUAUUUAUGUUGGAUCAUACUUUUGUACAAUAUUAGGUGGUAAAUUUGAACUGCUUCUGUUUCUGUAAAUACUCAUCAACACCACACAUCAAUCAGAAAAAUAGCUGAAACUGCGUUAGGUAUUGAUCUAUGUAGCACUCAACACAUGUGUGUUCGUGUCUGAUACGUGUUAGUGCCGUGCAUGCGAAGAAGAUGGAUUUGAUAACUAAUGUGAGCGAGUUUGAAGCAAUUGCAAAACAAAAAUUGCCAAAGAUGGUUUAUGACUACUAUGCAUCAGGGGCAGAAGAUCAAUGGUCAUUGAAAGAGAACCGAAAUGCAUUCUCAAGGAUUCUGAUUUGAUAACUGAAAACAGGUUCAGGCCGCGAAUUCUUCGGGAUGUAAGCAAGAUAGACUUGACGACAAAUGUAUUAGGCUUUGAUAUAUCAAUGCCUAUCAUGAUUGCUCCUACAGCUAUGCAAAAGAUGGCUCACCCUGAAGGAGAAAAUGCUACUGCUAAGGCAGCAUUAGCUGCUGGAACAAUCAUGACACUAUCCUCGUGGGCUACUACCAGUAUUGAGGAGGUUGCUUCAACUGGACCUGGCAUUCGCUUUUUCCAACUCUACGUAAUUAAAGACAGAAAUGUGGUUACUCAGCAAGUGAGAAGAGCUGAAUCUGCCGGUUUCAAGGCAAUUGCGCUUACAGUGGACACUGCAAUGCUUGGUCGUAGGGAAGCUGAUAUUAAAAACAGAUUUACAUUGCCGCCACACCUUGAAUUGAAAAAUUUCCAUGGGUUGAAACUUGGAAAGUUGGAUAAGACUGAUGAUUCUGAUCUCGCCUUUUAUGUUGCUCUCCAAAAUGACCGGUCACUUAACUGGAAGGAUGUGAAAUGGCUUCAAACAAUCACCUCAUUGCCAAUUUUGUUGAAGGGUGUACUUACAUCUGAGGAUACAAAGUUAGCUAUACAAGCUGGAGUUUCUGGAAUCAUUGUUUCCAAUCACGGUGCUCGCCAACUUGACUAUGUGCCUGCAACUAUUACGGCUUUAGAAGAGGUUGUGAAAGCAGCAGGCGGAAAAAUUCCGGUUUUUCUUGAUGGCGGUGUUCGUAGAGGGACGGAUGUUUUUAAAGCACUGGCUCUUGGAGCAUCCGGUGUAUUUAUUGGAAGACCUGUGGUGUACUCAUUGGCUGCUGAUGGCGAAGCCGGUGUAAGGAAAGUACUUGAGAUUCUGCGUGAUGAGUUUCAGCUAACUAUGGCAUUAUGUGGUUGUCGCUCACUCAAGGAGAUAACUCGUGAUCAUGUUGUCGCAGAGUGGGACCGCCCAAGAAUUGCUCCUAGGUUAUAAAAUGACAGAACUCCAUGCUGGAGUCUUGUGAUAAUAACAGGAAUAUUUUAGAGUAACCUUUGUUCUUAUCUCAUGCUUCAAUAGAAAACUUAGUUUGCACUAUAAGCCAUGAGUGAUCCAUAAGAAACUUCUACUUUUAUAAUAAUUAUAAACAUUUAAAAAUACAUUUAGACAUGUGCUAUUUGUAGCACAACUGGGAUAACACUUGGGAAUGCAUUAUUUGCGGGUAUCGGUUCAUCUCAUUAAAUAUAUGUUAAUCUAAAUCAAUUGCUUAUCACUUUCUCAAAUGUGGUUGAUCUAGUGAAUAAAGGUACAUGGUUUAUCCCUGGUGUCAUCAAAGAGAGAUGCUAACCUUGUGAUGCAGAUUAAUAAUAUUGUGUUACCUAUGGCUCCAAUCCCAGAUCAAUUGGUUUGUGGAGAAACUCUUAUGAUGGUUACUUGUCUGCCAAGAAAACUUUCCCUCACUUAAAAUCAGCUGCUCAUUUGUAGAUUGAUGCAUAGGAGGCUCCUCACUGAUGAAAGCUUGUGGAGUAGAGGAUGGAUCAUUGUCUCUGGUCGUGUUCUAUGUUAUGAUUAUGAAUCAUGUCACCACUUGUUUCUCCACCACCCCUUUGCUAAUUUUCUGUGGUCUUAAUUUGGAAUUUUAAUCAACCACAAUAUUGAUAGAACCUUUCCUGCAAGCUUACUCAAGAUCUGCAAUAAUUCCUGGUGUGAGCAGAUUAUUGAUGUAACAGAUUAUUACUAUAACUGAGAUCCAUAAUGGUCUUAUCCUCUUACAAACACUUUUGUCCAACCAUCCUACAUUCUUCAUGAUUUCUGUUAACUUUUUUGCACAGUGGAAAGAAUAUUUUCCAUAAGAAAAAGAAAAAAGAAAAAACAGAUAAUAUUCAAUUGAAAAAUCUGUUUUGCAAAGGAACUGGGCUUGCAUAUUUAUAGCCCACACAGAAAGAGUUUGUUAGAGAAAAAGGAAAUUUCUAUCUCUAUAGGUUCUCCCUAACCCCUGGCGAAAAGUCAAAAAUAUCCCUAAUUUUCGGAGAUGCAUCUUCGGACGCACCGUUUUCCCAUAAAAUAGGCGCAAUUGGGUUAGCGUUCGUCAUUUUGCCAAAAUUUAAUUCGGAGAUGUAUCUUUGUAUGUGUUUUAGGGUGUGUCCGCAGAUGCAUCUCCGGAUUAACCCUUAUUUUCAAAUUCAAGGGUUUUUCGGAGAUGCAUCUCCGAACGCAUUUAAUUUAUAUCUAACGCACGGACAAACCCUCUUCUCCUUCUUCAUUUUCUGAAACUUUUCCAAAUCUCCAUUAGAGCUUGUGAGCAACUUUCUUCCAAUCCAUUUUUCAAGGAUCAGCACUACCUCUACUACAAGUUUUCGAAUCCGAACUCACUCCACUAACUACAUUCAACAUUUUUCAUCCACAACUCUUUUUGGAGUAAGUUUCUCAUUUCACUUGUUUUAGUUUUGAUUAAUGUAUUAGGUAAAAUAGGUUGUUUUAAAUGCAUUUGGUUGUAGUCACAUUCAAAAUGGGUAGCUGUUAGAGACAUGCAUUCUCAUUUGGUUGCAUUUUGGUAGGUUAGGGUAAGAUUGGUCUGCGUUUCUGCCAUUGUUAAGAAACACGGGCUUAUUCGGAUAUGCAUCUCCGAAAUGUGUCUUUACUGGUUUUCGGAGAUGAAUAUCCGAAAAGUGUCCUAGAUGCAAACUGAUGUCAUUUUCUGAUUUUGUCCUGGAUGAAGACUAAUGUCAUUUUCUCGUCUUUUCAAGGAAAAUGGCUGCAAACAACCCUAACAGAUUGAGAUUCGGCCGUGAAACCCAACACGCAUUCGUUCGAUGUGAGAGGUCUAGACGUCAGAAUGAGCAGGACAAGGCUAGAUGGAGAACCGUCGCUAGGCCUUAGGACAGGGAAGAAUCAACUACUAGGAGCCUCCUGUCUUAGGGGUCGUCAUCCUAGGGGCACAUCUCCCUUGCUCACGAAGAUCGGGAUGCGCCUGAAGCUCUCGAGGCUUGUGCAUAGGAAGCUCUUGGUGCACAUAAUGGCGUCCUUGUAUAGGGUUAUCCAUGAGGUCCCUUUGACACCUCCUUAUUGAUAUACUAUAGAGAUCAUGUUGUUGGACAUGUCUGGGAUGAAGAAGUAUAUUUGUUAACAGUUGUUAUUUACAUGUUUUAUACAAAUUCCCUACGAUUGAUAUUGCU